AUGGUUUGUAAAUUGCACAAAUCCAUUUAUGGAUUGAAACAGUCUCCACGUGCAUGGUAUGCAAAACUGAGCUCCAUUCUUGAAGAGUUUGGCUUUCAAAGAAUGACAGGUGACAAUGCUGAAGAAAUUCACUCUCUCAAGCUCGCUCUUCAAAACAAAUUUGCAAUCAAAGAUUUGGGACGUCUCAAAUAUUUCCUAGGUAUUGAGCUUGCAAAUUCACAGGAAGGCCUUUUUCUCAAUCAAAGGAAAUACAUUCUUGAUCUUUUGAAGGAUUCUGGCUUAAUAGAUAGUAAACAUGCACGUACUCCUUUGGAUAGCAAGCUACAACUUAGUACUCACAGUGAAGCUCUCUCUGAUAUUACUAAGUAUCAAAGACUUGUAGGAAAGCUUAUUUACCUCACAAUCACGCGUCCUGAUAUCUCUUAUGCCGUGAGUAUUGUGAGUCAAUUUAUGCAUGCUCCUACAUUAACUCAUAUGCAGAUUGUGAAGAGAAUUCUUCGUUAUCUAAAAGGGUCUAUUGGUCGAGGACUCCUUAUGACAAAAAAUGAUAGCACUGCCAUCAUGGGAUAUACAGAUGCUGAUUGGGCUGGGAAUUCUCUUGAUCGCAAGUCAACAACAGGUUUUUGCACCUUUGUAGGUGGCAAUUUGGUAACAUGGCGCAGCAAGAAGCAAACUGUCGUAGCUCGAUCCAAUGCAGAGGCCGAGUCGAGCUAUGACCUCCACUGCGUGUGA